CACAUCUCCUCUUGCUUGUUAACUGACGUAGGCCCAGAAAAUAACAUACAGACAUGAAAGUAUUUUGCAUCUGUAUAGCUCUGUUUGGCGUUGCAGUUUACGCUCAAGCCCCUCCAUCAAGUCAUCCUACCUUGAACAUCCAAGCCUACCCCACGGCGAAUACCUACUCUUACCCAAUGUCAAACAACUACGCCUACCGAGGGAACAACGGCAACAUCAUGUCGUCUUACAGUGGUUACCAUAGCAACGCCGCGUCAACUCAAAAUGGUUACCAGAGCAACAACAACAUCAACUCUUUCCUGCUUCCAAUGAUGAUGGGUAUGGAUCAAGGAAAUCACAUGGCAACUCUCGGAAUGAUGAUGAACUCCAAACAGGGCAACAGCAUGCUCCCCUUCUACAUGAUGAACCAAGGGUAUGAGAACAUGCUACCCAUGAUGGCCUUCAUGAACCGCGGCAACCAGAGAGGCCAGAGGAUGAACCCCUUCAUGAUGAUGACUCUUAGUGAAGCGAUGAACUGAGGAACAUUGUCUUAACUGUGUCAUUUAUAUUUAUGAAGGGAAUACAAGGGGUUGGUUAUUUAAGCAUUUUCCGGAUGAACAUCCUCGAUGCAGUCAUUACUUACAUCAUUAUUUAUUAAUCAGCUGCAUAUUUCAUAUAUAGUCAUUGAAUAAAAUCUUUCGAAUUA